GUUAAUUGCCAGGAUAAUGUCAUAAUCAUUUAUAUCAUAUGUGUUUCUUUUGUUUGAUUUCACAAGAAAAUUAAACAAAAGAAAAUGGAGUGUUCAUUGAGAGCGGCGGGGUGCAUGGCGGUAUUUGCAGCGUCCGGCGGCGUCAUUCUUCUUGCCCUCAAGGUCCAUAAACAUCUCAUGUCCGAUUUCAUGCACAAGAUUGAACACCAAUUUGAAAUGAUGAAAGAUGAAACUAAGAGAGUAAAGUUUUCAAAUGAAGUGGAUGUAUUGCCAUAUCAUGGCAUUGACGAUCUUGGGCAAGACACGACGGCGGCGGCGUCGGCGCCCACCACGCACCCGGCCGCCUACGAAGUCGGAGGAGCGGGAGGAAAGUUUCGUAAGAGGCCGUUUCGGAGGGGGCAGACCACGCCGUACGAUCGCCCUCCUACCUCCAUCCGAAACCCUAGCUGGCUUUCGAAGCUCGUCGUCGACCCUGCUUCCAAGCUCAUUAACGCCGGAGCGCGAAGAUUUUUCGCUUCAUUGUUCCAGAAGGCCCUACCCCCUCCUCCUGUACUCCCAGCUAUCGCAGCUCCGCCUCCCCCAGCUACACAACAAGAUUCAAGGGAUAUCUGUCAGACAUCAGUUCCAAAUAGUCAUGCCGGAGAUCGUGAUCCAGAUCUAGUCAAACAUGGGGACGCUGCUUGUAAUUCCAAGGGCAGUGCAUUCUCUGAACUUGAGCAUUUGCUGAAACAGAAAACAUUCACCAGAUCUGAAAUUGAUCGAUUGACAGAACUGCUGCAUUCUAAGGCUGCAUAUUCUUCUCUUGAAGAUGCUGGCAAUAGAAUUGAUGUUUCUAAACCAGCUUCAGAUUUUUCAAAAAGUCUUGUGGGAGAUUAUAAGGCUGAUAAGGGAGUUUGUCAUGGCGUCACUUCAACUGCCUUCAUCAAUAAAAAAAUAGUAGAGGAUGAUGUUGCAACUCCUGCUGAGCUUGCAAAGACUUAUAUGGGCUCUAGGCAGUCAAAGGUGUCUCUUUCAAUGCCGAGUUUUCGCGGUCAGACAGUCAAAGAAGUGGUUCCAUAUGUUUCACAAUCACCCAUGAAAUUUUCAAAAAGGCCCGUGGUUCCUGACAAUGGUUUUACAACUCCAAAAUCUCAUGGUAGAUCUGCAGUAUACAAUAUGGUUCGUACACCAUAUUCCAGAGUUCGUCCAACCAAUUUUCAUCAGGGUGGGAGCUCUAGUUUCUACCCAAAUGCUGGUCCUUCGUCAUCUCAGUCUAGACUGGAGCAUGACGAUGUGUUUGGAUCUAAACAAUGGUCUCUGAAACGCAGGAGCUCUGUAUUAGAAGAUGAUGGUCUUGGAUCCAUUGGACCCAUUCGAAGGACUAGGCAAAAGUCUAAUCUGUUUUAUAACAACCAUGACGCUUCUCUUCCUAUUCGGGGAAGUGAAUCAUCUUCCAAAAACUAUCCAUUUGUUAACAGAACACUUGGAAAAAAUCAGGACAGUGAAGCUCCUAGCACAAGCCGUUUCCAUGUACCUAAUAAGUCAAGUGAGACAGCUGCUAAAAUAUUGGAGGUUAUUAGUAAACUGUCUCCAAGGGAGAAAGCAUCUGAAUCUAAACGUACAACCAUUAAAGAUAAUAAAUUGCCAAGUCAACUGACUACGGAUAUGCUUCACGGACAAGCUCGUAAAAGCUUGGAGCAUUUGGAUUCUUCAAGGUUUCUGCAGACUGCCCCAAUUACCGCUGAGACUGAAAAACAAGCCAAUGCCAUGUCACCUGAUGGUGGUAAUCCUACCUUGCCGAAGCUGAACCAUGUGGAAGAAAGCAGACCAACAAAAUUUGCUGACACUGCAAGCCAUGUAGCUAGCAGUGGGGUGACACUUUCUGAGAGAGAUUUUCAAGUCAAUGUAGAUACAGUUUAUCCUAUGACUGUAGCUCCACCUGUUAAGGAGAAACGAGCUUUUAAAAUGAGUGCACUUGAGGAUUCUUUUGAGCUGGAUGAUGACAUAGAAUCAACUGGCAUUGCAUCUAAACCUUUGUCUGAGGGGAAGGGAAAGCAAGAGAUUGCACCUGUCGGUAGCACGUUGGUUUCCAGCGAAGUACAACUUCAACAUAAAUCGGCAUCACUUACAGACACUAGUACAUCACCUGGGGGUUUGAGCAAAAAGAUUUGCAAAGAGAAUCCCAAUAAUGUUCAUGCUGGUGUAAAUGGUUCUGAUCCAUCUAUUAGUGUAUGCCUCCCUGAUUUCAAUUCAAAGAAUGCAUAUGCGACUGAGACUGAAGGCUCCAGUUUGACUUUGCCUGGAUCAAAAUUAGGAAUUUUGAGCGGCCUGAAUAAAAAUGUUUCUACUGCAAGUGAUAGUUCUCCACAACUCCCCGUUGGUGACAACUCACAAAAGGUUGGAAUCAAUGGCCACUUAGAAGCCCCCCUGAAUGCUUCCACAUCAACAACUACCACGACUAAUCUUUUUGCUGCUCCUUCCAACAAUUCAAGUAAUGGAAACAGGUCCUUUCAAGUAUUGGCUGCAAAUAACUCUGAAAGCCAAGCCGUCACCAAUGUCUCGGUUGAGGCUUCUUCCAAUAUUGCUGCUGCAACCACUAAUGUCGCAACUACCUCUUCAGUUUUUGGGCUUACCGGUUCUUCAAUGUUUUCUCCAACAACCUUUUCAGCACCAACUGCAUCAACCACGGAAACAUCCGAUGUGAAAGCUCAAGCAACUAAAAUGGACAACGCCAUUAAUGUUGACAAUUUGAAGACUUCAACAAGUAUUUCAGGCACGUCUGUCCCUGAUACAAAUAACAUUUUUGGACUUAAACCUUCAGAGAAACCGUGUAUUGCUACCCAACCACAGGGUUCUCUUUUUAGCACUGGAGGAGAUUCUGUUAGCACAAAGUUCCUCCCCCAAUCUGGCAACUCCAGUGGUCCACAGGUAUCACCACUGUUUGGUUUUUCCAAAUCAUCUCCGGGGUUGGGAACUUCUGAUGGAGUUUCAACAUCAUCUAGUCCAUUCACAUCUACUGCUCCUACUGAGUCGCCAUUUGGGUCUGACUCAUUGAGACCAACUUCUGCAGAGAGCAAUCGGAUUGGUUCUGGCUCUAGCAGCCCUGCUUCCUCAAUAUCUGCCUUUGGUAAUAAUACUGAUACCUCCUUUGGGACAACAAGCAAUGGGGUUACCACUUUCACACCCAACUUCGUAGCAACCUCUGUAUCUUCACCUCUCGAAACCAAAGUGCUUACCCCCUCCAUUGGUACCACAACUGCUUUAUCUUCUAGUAGUACUGGCGGUCCCACAAUAUCUUUUACUAGUGGUUCUACUGUUUCCACCUUCUCUACUAGUAUCACACCCACACUGUUUAGUUUUAGUGCAAGUUCUGCCUCUCCUACCAAUCCUGGGGUGUUAGGUGUCAGUGGCAGUUCUGCAGCUUCGUCCUUCAGCUCAACUGCUUCUGGACUGUUCACUUCUACUGCAGCUUCUUCUGGCAACACCACUCCAGGGAUGUUCAUUUUCAGCGGCAAUUCCACAAAUUCUUCUUCCAGCAGUCCUGGGCCUUUCGGUUUCACCUCCGGUUCCACACCUUCAUUUCCCACCACCACCUCUCCUGGUUCGUUUGCUUUUGCGGCCACUUCUGCAGCUUCCUCCAGCAAUACCACCACUCCUGCAGUGUUUGGUUUCACUGGCAGUUCCACUGGAAGUUCUGGUGGUCAAUUCAAUAUCAGUGUAAGCUCUACCACCACUGCCGGGAGUAACACAACUACUCCAGCUACAUUCAAUUUUACUGCCAGUUCUUCAGCCUCUUCAUCUACGGGCUUCCCCACUCUCGGCACUUCCUCAUCUACAUUCACUAUGCCCAAGACCCCACCAACACCUUUUGGAACAAAUCCCGCCGCUGCAACGAGUGGUCCCGUAUUUCCAUUCAGAGCUUCGGCCACCACCCCUCAGCCCAUAUUUGGAAAUUCCGCUCCUCUCUCAUCGCCCUUCUCAGCCUCCCAAGACCAGAUGACAAUGGAGGAUACAAUGGCUGAGGAUCAAUUUCAAGCCGGCUCAGCACCAGCGCCAGUUUCUGUAUUUGGUCAACCACCUUCGAACACUCCUGCAGCGCCUCCUGGUCAGUUUAUGUUUUCUACACCCAGUCUUUCUCCCAACCCAUUCCAAUAUAAUCAAGGAGCUCCUCCGCCACAAAAUCCAUCACCUUUUCAACCAACAACGAGCCUGGAGUUCAAUAAUGGCAGCGGAAGCUUCUCGUUAGGCAGCAGUGGGCCCGACAAAUCAGGCCGGAGGAUCGUGAAAGUCAACAGGGCCAAGAACAGGAAGAAGUGAAGAGGAAGAACAGUUACAUCAUCCUCAGGUAUCUAUCUUUGUAACUUUCCAUCAAUUCUCUACUUUUCUUUUCUUUCCUUUUUCUAUAUAUAGCAAAAGCGGCAUUUGUGUAGGAUUUCAGUAGAUGUAAACCAUUUUUGGAUUGAAUGUCAUCUGGUGAAGUGUGUGUUGUAUGAGUUGGUUGUUGUAAUACAAAUGUGGCUAUGUUGUGACUUCAAACUGUUACCCAUUUCAAUCUUUGUUUUUAUAUUAUAGAUAUUUUUUACGUGUAAUAAAUCAUAUAAUAAGCAAGGGCAAUUGUU